AUCAUUAAGAUAAAUAGAGAGAGAAAAGAGAUAUGAACUUAUAUGCAGUGUGUGUAUAUCGUGGGGAAUAAAGUCAUUUAUUUCGUAUAUCUUGGACGGUGCAGUGCGCGAAAAGUGCGAGAGAGCAAAUCGUGUCGUUUCUCUCUCUCUCCCUCUCUUCUUCUUUUUCUCUUUCUCUUUCUUUUUCUUUCUUUCUUUCUUUUAUUCGCGCUCGCGCGUGACUGUGUGUGGCGGGUAUCGCGUAAAAACGAGAAACGGGAAGAGAGACUGUGAUACAGGAAUACUGACUGCAUAGUAGUGAAAAGGAGAAAGAAGAAAGAAAAGAGAAAGGUCAAAGAAGAAGAAGAAGAAGAAGAAGAAGAAGAAGAAGAAGAAGAAGAAAAAGAAGGAAUCGUGGGGUGUGCUGAUGCUAAGUUAGGGAAAGGGGGUGGGGUAGGAAUGGACAACCGAACAAGAGAAAAGAGAAAGAUAAUGAAAUAGAAUAAGAUAAAAACGAAAGAUAAAAGGAUAAAAAAAAUCAAAAGAGAAACGAAAUAAUGAACAACGACUAGGACUAGGAAUUUAGGACCCUACGAUUAGGACAACGACGACGACGAAGCAAAGGAAUAAUAAAUCAGUGACAACAAGGAAUAUAUAUACAUAUAUAUACGAUAAACAACGACACGAUUUUACAUGAUAAUAAAGGUUGAAUCCUUACAAAUGACAGGAAGGUGAUCAAUGUGCACGAAAUAUGGCUGAGGAGUUGGUGGUCACCCUGAACCGCGGCGGUGACUCCUCUGGAUUUGGUUUCUCCCUUUUGGCAACGGCGGGACUUCCUCACAUUAUUUACGACAUCGUUGAAAACUCGCCGGCUGCUAAGUGUGGAAAGGUCGAGGCCGGUGACGUAAUACUCAGGGUAAACGAAGUUGAUGUCAACCGAUUUAGUACUAAAGAAGUGCUGAAAUGUCUGCGGCUCUCAUCGGACCCCGUCACCCUGAAGCUAAGAAGGGAUCCCGCGAUAAAGGCGCACGUGCGUCGACUCCUGUCACCCGGGGAUGCAACACACGAGGAGAAUUCAAGCGAAAUUGGGAAAUCAACUCGGGAAGAAUGUUCAAUCGCGCAAAACUCUAGAGACGUGAAAUCUUCAUCGAGUAGUGGUUGUGAAAACGAGGAAUCGAGAAAAUCUGGGUCACCACCGGUAUUAGCAGUGAAUUCACCCCAAAAUCCUCAAGGUGGGGGUCCCACGCAGUAUUCAACCAGAAGCAAUGGUUCCUAUAGCGAUCCUUCGAGUUCGUCAGAAUUGGAGGCCCUUUUACCAUCAAUGGAUAGCUUCAAGGAAGAGGAACGUGCUCAGUGGGAGCCACUUUCUGGUGAAAAGUUUGGUCGUCAGAAGAACACGCCUAGGUUCGAAGCUUAUAUGAUGACCGGAGAUCUCAUGCUGAACCUGUCGCGAACGCAGCAAAGCAGCGGUUUCCUGCCGAAGUACCAGAAGAAAGUCGACUCGCUUAGGUACAACAAUCAUCACUCCCACCAUCACCAUAAUCAUCACAAUCACCACCAUCAUAAGUCGGUACCUACCAGUCCUAACGAGAUGCUGGGCCAUCACCGUGCUUACAAGUGCACUGGCUCGAACUCGGCCAGCACUUCGCCGGUCGGGAUCAGCAAACGCGAGGGCGGCCAAUGCCCGAGCCAGGGCGACUCUAGCAAGCCCAAUGCCGCCGCGAGCAGUUUUGGUUAUUCGAGCGGUUUUGUACGUACCUCGCGCUCCGAGGAUCACUUGCAAUUCCAAAAGGACCCUUCGAUGAGCGCGGUGGACAUAGACAUUGACGAUGACGUCACGUCCAGCCUAAAUACCCUGUUGGACACGCGGCCGGAUAGCGGCCAGGGCCUGUCCAGCGAGAGAAUCGUCUGGACGUACAACGCACCGGUUAGCUCGUCCUCUGCCUCGGAGCGCACCUCCUGCUGCCAAAAUGGCAGCUCCUCUCAAUCUUCAUCCUCGCCCUCGAGUUCCUCGAGCUCCUCGACGGAGGGUACAAGCCCUCAGCGUUCCUUAUCACCUGCCUCUCCGACCUCAGUCUCGUCCUCCGUCAUGUCCUCCAAUUCUGGAUCCCGUAGGUUCCCACCACCGGUACCGACUGCUCCGCCGGCCCUGGUGGGACCCUCGGGCGACGGGACCACCUCCUCGACCUCCGGCCUACAUCCCACCAACGGCGACCUCAGCCAGUCGGAGGCCAUCAGCAACAUGUCCAGUCCGGAUUACAACGACGAGGAGACCAUGGAUAUUCUCAGUGUGCGCGACAUUAUGAUGGUCAGUGAUCCCAGUGACAGUGACUCGACGAUACUCGCGAGCGAACCACCUCAGAGGAGACUCAAGCAGAGCUCGGCAUCGAAUACUAACGCUGCUACGCCUUCUUACGCUCAACAACAACAACAACAACAACAACAGCAACAGCAACAGCAACAACAGGACUCUUCGGCUGAACAUAGGAUAGUAAUACAAGUUAAAGGACCGGACAAGGAUUCUUCUUCGAGAAACUCUAGUCCAAGGCAGACAAGGAGAAGGACGAUUCCUUCUGGGGGUGGWGGUGGUAACGCUUCUUCCGUUGAUCUUUUACCACCAAAUAUUUCGACGGUACAAAAUGCUGCCCAACGAUCCUCGCCUUCGACUCUUACCUCUGGUAACGUUACUCCAGAGUUUGUUGGUUAUCAGGAGCUCAAGGAAAGCGAGGACGAAAGGGAAGCUUACAGUGCUGGAUUCUACGACGAUCAGAAACAUAGCAGUGCUUCCCCACCUCAGUCAGCCGACGAGGAAAGCGAUAUCGAGAGUCUCCAUAGCUUCCAUUACAGUCCAAAAGCGGUUGAUCUACCGUCCGCCGUUCGACUAGCUAAAAGGCUAUUUUCUUUAGAUGGCUUUAAGAAAUCCGAUGUCUCCAGACAUCUUAGUAAAAACAACGACUUUAGUAAAGCGGUAGCCGAGGAGUACUUGAAAUAUUUCAACUUUGAACGAGACACGCUGGACGUGGCUCUCAGAAAGUUCCUUGUGCAGUUCUCUUUAACGGGAGAGACCCAAGAAAGGGAGCGAGUUCUUGUACAUUUCUCUAAGAGGUAUCUUGAUUGUAAUCCCGGCACGUUUCGCUCUCAAGAUGCUGUUCACACAUUAACUUGUGCUAUUAUGUUGCUAAAUACCGAUCUUCAUGGGCAGAAUAUCGGUAGAAAAAUGUCGUGCUCGGAGUUUAUAGAAAAUUUAUCAGAAUUAAACGACGGUGAUAAUUUCCCUAGGGAGGUGCUAAAGCAACUUUACAAUGCUAUCAAAUCAUAUCCCUUGGAUUGGGCUUUGGAUGAUGAAGGUGACGAAACGACUGCUCAGGUUAUCCAACAGGGUGAUGGACCAGCGAUAGCUGGUACUGGAAAUCCAUUUCUCGAUGUGCCAAAUGUUACAGGUGCUACGGAGUUCAAGAAGGGUUACGUUAUGCGCAAAUGUUGUUACGAUUCCAAUGGGAAAAAAACUCCCUUCGGAAAGAGAGGUUGGAAGAUGUAUUAUUGUACAUUGAGAGAGCUUGUAUUAUAUUUACAUAAAGACGAGCAUGGCUUCCGUAACGAUAGUUUGCACAAUGCUAUACGUAUUCAUCAUGCAUUAGCUACAAAAGCAUCGGAUUACACGAAGAAGCAACACGUUUUCAGGCUACAAACUGCCGAUCAAGCGGAAUAUCUUUUCCAAACGAGCGAUUCCAAAGAACUUCAAUCGUGGAUCGACACGAUCAAUUUUGUAUGCGCCAGUUUCUCAUGCCAGCCCCUCGCAGGAGCCGUCGGUUCUCAACGAAAAUUUCAGCGGCCUCUCCUACCAUGCAGUCACACCAAAUUAUCUCCUAGAGAACAGUUACGGGACCACGAGGAUAGAGUUAACAGACUGGAAGCUGAGUUGGACGAACAUAAACGACAUCCUCCGGAAAAAGGAGCUAAAGCUUUAGCCGUACAAAAUUAUAAAGAGAAGGGUGCAUACUUGUAUCACGAGUUAAAAAGGUACAAGACGUAUGCCUACUUGUUACGUUCAAGACUGGCAUUCACAGAAGUUGAACCAUCCCUGGUAGAAAGCAGUAUCGGUGAAGUGGAUGAAGGAAGUGGCGCUUUGUUGAAUGCUGACGUAGCGUUAGUACCUCCUCCAGUUCCUGAUCGACCAGCCAUAAAUAGGUACAGUUACAGGGCUGCCAUUUACAACCGUAAUCUUCUAAAUGGUCAGGACUACUGCGGGGAUAUUGGUUGACGUGUGAUGGGUGUAUUUUCAGCAUGUGUGGUCUAAUCCGUGCUGCUCCUACAAAUAUUGCGCAGCUAUACGGAAAUAUUAGCUCCAAUUUCUAAGAGAUAUUAACCGAAACUAACGAUGUACUCGAUUCCAUCACUUGUUAAGUACUGUACCUUAUUGUACUUUGUACUCACAUCCACACGCAUACACUGUUUCUUUUAAUACAUAUAACCUAAUCAUUCUAAACACAGGCGAUCUCAUUAAUACGGUAGUUGUAAUAUAUUCUUACGACAUUAUAAUAAUCAAUCGAUGCAGCAGAUUUCUUAUAUAUUGUUAUUAAAAAUUCAAUAAUUUUUAUAAUUAUCUCGAUUGUGAGAUAAUUAACGUUGAAACAUUUAUCACGAAUCAUUAUCAUUUAAAAGAAAGAAAUUUUCGGAAAAUAUUUGUUCUUGAAUUCAUUCUAUUUCGAAACAUGUAUUAAGGAGAUAUUGAUUUUAUCGAUUAAUACGAUAUUUUUAAAUGUCAAAAGAAAACUGCUGUUUUAUAUUCGCCUGUACACUUUUAAACAAAAAAAAAAAAACAAAAGAAACAACAA